AUGGCCAGUACAAGCUUGACGGCAUCUUACUUGACGCCCAACCCAAGCUUCAAUUGGUUUUUUCUCCUGGAGCUUAUUGUAUCUUGCAUUCUUGUCCUAUUCUUUCUCCUCUAUUUUAACCGCCUGUUCGCGACCCUUCUUUCCUACGCAAUCCGCGCAUACACCUGGCACUACUAUCGCGUUUAUGUCGACAUCAACGCACUUCAGAUUUCUUUGCUGGGCGGCCGAAUAUUUUUCAAGGGGAUCCGGUAUCAUGGUGCAAACGAGACCAUCUUCAUUCAUGGAGGAUUCAUAAGCUGGAGAUAUUGGAAGCGUACGGUGGGCCGAACGGACUUGUCAGGCGCGGGACGCAAGACAAAUGACUUCUCGAGCCCAGAGAAACACCAACCAAAGAACUUUUUAGGGGAUGGGGCAGGUGCGGCGAGCCAGGAUGACAGCAUCGGAGAACAAGGCGGCGUGGAAAAGACAAUCGAUCUUCCGUGCCGGGUUUCAAUCAAGGUAUAUGGACUGGAAUGGUUCAUAUACAACCGAAUGCCAGCAUAUGACAGCAUUCUUGCUGGGUUUGGAUAUAAGAAUGGCAAUUUGGACGAAGAUGGAGACAGCGCAGAACUUUCGCCAGAGGGGCAACCGAAGCACCAGCAAACCGACAGUGCUCGACCUGGUUCUGGAACGACAGACGCCGUGGACAACCUUUCGGAACGCAGUGCAACGGGCCAUACCCUUGAGCCCCAGAAAACCGAUGUUCGCGAUGCAGAACUGUCGGAACCAGUUUCAAAUAUGCUGCAACUCCUUCCAGUGAAGCUAGAUUGCACAAAGGGUGCCGUCGUCAUUGGAAAUGAAAACACUCGGUCUGUCUUGACUACAACCUUCGAUUCUGCAACAGGUACCAUUGCUGCUUGCAGCUCAGGUCCUCUAGAUUUGUAUCGGCAGCUUUUUUCAUUCAAAUUCAACCACCCAGUGGUCCAAAUGCGACCAAACCCGGACUUUAAACAGAACCAAACGGCGACGGCAAAAGGUUUGAGUACAAAUCGGGAGGAUGAUUUAUCAACUAAACCAAAGCGUGGAAACCCCUUUAGCUACCGUUUUCAGAAACGCAAAAUCUGGCAUGGCAUUCGAGACUUGGUGCCAUACUUCCAGACUUCCGUGGAAUCAUUUCAUGCCAGCAUCAGAGCAGCCAACAUGCCAAGGAGUCAGGCAGAGUUCCCAGAUGUUCGCUGGGCUGGUCUUUCUCGGUACCUGGACGAAGAUAACGCUGAUGAUCAUGAGCAGUGGAACUCGGUAGAAUAUGGACGAUAUUCAACUAUUUUGGAUAGCCCGAGCUUGGACCUAGCGUACUUCUGGGAAAUCCCUGGGCGAGUCCUCCCAGAGCACAUAAUUUCCGGCCAAGGCAACCAGGAUAUGGAUCGAAAUAUCAAUCACGCACCGCCUCCUGAAUGGGGUAUUGAUAUCAAGAUUGACGGUGGCACUCUCAACUAUGGUCCGUGGGCUGACCGGGAACGUGUCGGUCUACAGAACGUCUUCUUUCCGAAUUUUUAUAGAAGCUCAGAGCCUGCUCAGCCCUUAGUUCCGGGUGUUUUGAGACAAAGCACUAGCUUUAAACUCCAAGUGGAGAUCAAUGACGAAUUGAUACUUCGGAUCCCAACUCGAGAACCAUCCAAAGACUGGACUUGGAAAGGCCGCGCCGAUGCUAUUAGAGGCGCAUCGAAGAUUAGGAAGCAAAACGAAAGAAGACAAUCUCGACCAAAAGAAGGUGAGAAGGGCCAUAUUGGACCCGAUAUCCGUCCCUUUGGAUGGCUUUCUCUUCGGGUAGAUUCUAAUUCUACCAUCAAAUAUACCAUGGACAUGGUAGCAUCAAACGAAGGCUUUCGCAACGAACUCUCUUUGGAUCUGCGAGAGUCAAAACUGUCUUCCAGUGUGAACCACGGGUUAUUGUGGCAAUGUCCUCGACAGCUUGUGACUUGCGAUUUGUCGAAUCCCCUGACUUGGAAUAGUCUCCGUUCAUGGCGCUUUGGUGUUGAAAGCCAUGACCUUGAACUAUUUCUCCUGCGAGAUCACAUUUUCUUAUUGACGGAUCUUGUGAGUGACUGGACAUCUGGUCCACCAUCCGACUACUACACAUUUGUACCUUUCGUCUAUGACCUUGACCUCACAUUCUCGAAUCUCCAACUACUUGUGAACGUCAACGAUCGGAACAUCAUAAGCAAUCCUUCGGAUCUCGAAGACAAUCGAUUCAUAGUGAUCAAUGGCCAGCAACUUGUUGCAAAUGUGAUGAUUCCACUGAAUCAAUACCAGCCAGAGAAAAGUGCGGUAGAGUUCAAGGUCAACCUUGAAAAUGCUGGAGUGGAUUUCCUCACCCCAGUAUGGGACACACUGCAUGAAUUUCUGCCUGGAAAGUCAAUGGCUACUUUGGAUGGUCUUGUCAUUGACGGAUCAUAUAGCUAUUUCUCUUCCACGUCACCGGAACUAAUAGAUACCUUAGUGCUCAAUAUUGAAGGCGCCUCACCUCGGUUGUACCUUUAUGGUUUCUUAAUUAAGAGCUUCAUGGCUGUUCGAGAAAAUUAUUUUGGGGAUGAAAUGCAUUUCAAGACUUUGGAAGAAUAUCAAGAGUUGGCCUAUGCAGAAGAACGGCCAUCAAAUCCUACAGGCAUCAAUCCUAACCGAGUGUCGAAUGACAUGGACGUGUUGGUUCAUGUUACGGUUGAUAGUCCCUGUGCUUUGCUUCCUGAGAGCAUCUAUGAUCACCUGAGAUGCUCAAGACUGAGUGCUGCAUCUCUCGAGGUUGACCUGCGGUUUACGAACUACUAUAUGGACAUGCAGCUCUCAAUUAGUCCUCUCAAGGCGGAUCUUCAAACCACUCAGUUGGAUGGCCCCUCCGUUAUGUCUCCCACUCAAUUAUUCCUUGAUGGGCUCUCCGCUUACGGUCAUCGGCUAUUUGGUUUACCCCCUGCGGAGCCAACAUAUGUUUGUAACUGGGAUUUUGACGUUGGAAAAAUUCUGGGCGAGUGCUCUCCAGAGUUUCUCGCGUGUCUAUCCUCCGGUAUCAAAAGUUUUGACUUUUCAUUCGACAAUGAGGAAAAUACCCUCACACCCCUCUUUCCGCCAGUUCUCAAUGAUGUGACUUUUUUGAGAGCCAAAGUCGAUUCGAUUCAUCUCUCAGUGUUGCUUGAUGAGGUCGCUGUCAUUUUGAGUGCUAAGCCUUUGUCCGUCCAGUUUAAUGACUGGGCCAACUCCAAAUUUUCAAAACGGAUGAGCUUACUUGUUCCCGACAUCACAAUUGCGGCAGUAGACCGUCAGUCAGUAUCCGGGGCCUUUCGUUCUCCUGCAAAAGACGUCGCUCCUUUGGGGCUUAUUGAACUGACCGUAGGUCUCAAAAUGGCCCUUCGAAAGCAAGAUAUUGGCGAGAGCCGACGGCUGCAGCAAGAACAUAUAAAAGUCCAUGACCAGCGAACACAUCGAACCCAAUGGCUACUAUUCGAUUGGGAAGAGAUAGCCCCAACCUCGUCUCUUCCUCAUGGGGACGAUGUAUUUAUACCACCAACUAUGGCUAUCCCGUCGAUGCCCGAGCCUAUUUAUGGUAGAUUUGGCUCUACUCUUGCUCCGUCAUAUCGUGGAUUCCCAGGAACUCAAGCGGCAGCAAGAUCCAGAAGCUUUCUUGUUCAUUCAGAAACUUCGAGCAUCAAAAGCACCCAAAGUCAUAGAGAUAGGGCUACUUGGCAACCUUCUAGAUCAAGUUCAAAGGAAAGACCUUUUUCACCGGCGCGAGAUGCUAGUUGGUCCACUGGUCAACUCGGCAAGGCAAAGGACACCCAAUACUCCUCAGCUGCCAUCCGAGAUGCCAAUCCUUGGAUAUUCCCUCAGUUCUCUUACUUCAAAGUUUCUCUAGAUACUUCUGAGCUUCCUCCCUCGAAAAAUCCCGAGACAUCUGAAAAGGAUGAGGGUUCUGAAACGAACCAGAAGUCAAUGUUCUUAACCUUUGAGGACGACCAGACAACAUAUACCAACCUCGCAGUUGAUCUCCCUCUAGGCAUUAGAGGGUUUUGUACUCCAAAAUUCCUCCACAGCUUGGCAUCCCUACUUGAUGGGCUUGAACCGAAGCACCCCAUUCAAAUCAUUGAUUCCCUUCAAAAAGACGUGAUUGGGGAUAUCGUUGGUUAUGAUAAGGCCAUGAGCCAACCAAAGAAAUCUACAGCCGUCGCGCUUAGAAUCCCUAGUAUUCAAUUGCGGCUCGUCGAUGUAUCAGAAUCCCCUGACAAUAAACAUGUUGAAUUUCGAGAUGAGUAUAACAUCGCCAUAUACCGCCUUCGCACUGAAUUUCAGAGACGCGUUGUGCGGCAAAAAGGGGAUCUUCUCGAGGGCCUCAAACAGGGCAUUACGGUUCACGCAGCAGCGGACCAUCUUUCGGUUUCGGUUGAAGGUAGUCGGACUGAUGCUUUCCAAGAGAAAGCUGUUUUCAACUGUGAGAUGGGGGAUUUGAAUUUCUGGUUGGUAACGGCCCCAGAUGUCCGUUCAAAUCUUCAGAUGCGACAUUUCACUACCGUGACUUCAGCAAAAUCUGUAGAGCGAUUGUCCUUCUUGGUUGGCCGAGCUACAACUAUGUUUGACUCCGUUGCAUCAGCGUUCCAACAUGUUUCAGCUUCUAACAAAAGGCGCCUGCGGUUCCUCAUCUAUUUUGCGACACAAUCUGCCGUUGAUAUUCCAGAUCCAAUCUUCUUGGCACGUAUAUCUUAUGUUCUUCGGGUUGCUUCAACACACUUGCGACAGCAUGACUCGUGGAAAAUCAUUUCUCGCAUCCGGAAUGUCUACAAUAAUCUCCCUGUACACCACAAACGAGAAUUGGAACGAAAAUGCUUUGGCGACAGCCUGUCUUUACCGGCCGACGCGAAGUCCAUGGUCUUGACUGGUUUUGACCGGUGGCGAGCCUGGGAUCUCGCUCAUGUUGAAAAGAGUUAUGUCAUACAGAAAGUAUGGCCAGGCUCACAACCUGAAACGACCACUCCAGAGCCCUCCAUGUUCUUGUCUUGUACAGUGAAAACAUUUCGGUUUUCCUUGGAUCCUGGUCCCAGAGAAAGCGACUUUAUCCUCGAGAAUUUAUCGACUGUUGCAUCUUUUAUCCCAGAUAAAGCAACCCAGGAGGGGGGCAAGACAAAGUACAAGAAAGUUGCCACUUUACAAAUUUACUCGGCCUCUGCUGCCCUGCGACUGAGAUGGGAGAUUGUGGACCUUGUGGAAGGAGUGAUAAAGGUCAUGUCUACCGUCACAUUGAAAUCUUCUCUUGCCCACCAGGCAUCCCCGACCAUUUCAGAACAGAAGAGUAUGGAAUUACAGAUUAUCUUUGGCACAGACUUCGGCUCGGUCACCCUCGAUGCCAUCAACUUGAAACUUGCUCUGGCAUCGAAAUCUUUACGAGGCUCGAUCGUCCACAGCGCUCAGCAGAGCAAGAAUACCAAGAGAGAAAGUCUUGCUUUGUUGUUUAGCGCCGAAGCAUGUUCUUCAGAGCUUCAGAGUCAAACCAAGACCUUGAUGUUUUCAAGAAUUGCUGAUCCAUACUUAUAUUUCUCACUGAUUUCUGAUCAGAAUGAAGUGGACUGUAAUCAGGACUGGAAAGUUGCUGGUUCCUGCAGAAAGCUUCGAUAUCACAUGAAAGAAGACCCAGUGAGCCUCGCGCACACUGCAGAUCGUUUGAUUGAGGACGAAGUGAGGUAUAUCCGCCAACUGAUGGAUCACAUUAAACUGUCCAGGCCGCAGCCUGACCCGUUACCGGCAUCAAAGAAGCCCACUCGCAAUAACAUCCAUGUAGCGAUGUUCCUUGAAGAUUACCGGCUGACCUUUAGCCUUCUGCCAUCUUUGACUUACCUGGUAGCAGGUGAAGUUGCCCGAAUGUCAGUAAUGCCAGCGGAAACGUCAAAGAUCGAGGUUGAUUUUGAUGUGAAAAAGAAUUCACAUAUCUUCACCUCCGGUGAAGGUGACCAGCAUCAUACCUUGUCUGUCUUGGAAAUUCCUCCUGCCAAUGGCCGAAUCCUUGCAGAUCUUUCGUCGUCACAGAAGCAAGUAGAAGUUGAUAUGACUAUUGAAGUUAUCCGUUUCGAAGCUAGUGCUGUACGGAGUCUUUUGGGGGUCUUGACCGGCCCAGAUGUGUCCCAUCUCAUUUCCGAUCUGAAGCAGAACGUGGAUGUUCUUCAGUCUCAUCUUAGCGAUGUGCUUUCAUUACAAAAGAUGGCAUCAGAACCCCCGCCAUCCACAAAAGAUGCAGAUAUUCUGUAUAAAUCUCGACUUACAAUGGCCGGGGUUGAGAUACAUGCCAUUGCACCUGGCUUGAAUAGCAAGGCCUACUCAGCAGAAAUGAUAUUCAGUCUUGGAAUGAUGCAAAUGCGCCUUCAGAAUGGUCUGGACCGUGGAUAUUCUAUGGAGUAUCCGGAAUUCAGCGUCGAUGCGUCUCAGAUCAAUCUUGAGUUGCGAAGAGUCGAGAGAUCCAAGGGAAGGUCCUAUGGUGGACUCUCUGCUGGUAUCAAACUCCUGGCAACGUCUACGGUUCGCGAUAAUGGCGAGGUCAUGAGAGCAUACCAAUUCACCAGCGACAAUUUUAAUAUUGAACUAUUCGCGGAAACUGCUUCAUUGGUAGUGGACAUUGCCAUCUACACGCAGGAACGUAUCAAGACGCUGGACCUUUCACACGAAGUUCAACGUCUCCGAAAACUACGACAUCGCAAUCAUAUCGAAACUCCGACUUCUCCUCUGGAUGCUCCUGAAAUCCAUGUCAAUGAUGAUGUUACACCGCAAAAUUUCCUGGACGCACUUUAUUCUUUGGAAUUCAGAGAUAUUCAGGUUGGCUGGAACAUGUCCUCAUUGCCAUCGGGCGGAUUGGGUGGCCGCCAACCCGAUGACCUAGUCUUUUCGAUUCAGCUGUUCGACCUAUCCAAUAAGAAGAAAAAUGCAGCCAAGCUGAGAAUUGAGAAUAUGCAACUUCAGAUGGUUCCGUUUCGAGCGGACAAGAAGAAGCGCUCACUCAAUUCAGCUCUCAUGCCCGAGCUGGUUUUCAAUGUUGCCUACUUUUCCAGUGGAAAGGAACUUUCACUUGCUUUCCAGGCUGCUGGCAAGUCAUUGGAUAUCCGCGCGACUUCUGAGUUUAUUAUACCAGCCAACAUGAUUAGAAACUCCAUCGCAUCUGCAUCUGAAGCGCUGCGAGAAGGAAAGGCGGCCUGGGCGACGAAACCAGCCGCUGAGAACGGUAGCAAAGACCGUAGCCUCUUUGGCAAUAGAAAACUUCGAUCGGUUCUUGUUGAUGUUGACUUUGCAGGAGCAACUGUUUCCCUCCAAGGAAAGCAAACUCAUGAUCCUCAGACCUUGGUGGCUGCCACGUUGAAGGGCAAUCGCCCGUCGGAAUCAAAGUACGGUCAAUAUGUUCAAGGAGACUCGGCCACCACAGCCAUGCUCAAAGCCCCGGGUGUGGCACUCAAAGUCCACUUCGAGGAUAAUGGGACUGAGGACCCCGCGCUUAACGCGGAAUUGAAGGUUGAUCCAUCCUCUAACGUUCUGUAUCCCACGCUUGUUCCGCUAGUCAAGCAAAUAACAGCCACGGUGAAGGAGAUCAUGAGCGACAAGCAGGAGCAGGGGAGCGAGCAGAAAGAGGAUCGGCCUCGACGCAUGUCUGUGACAACCAAGUUACAAAGCCAGAAGUUGAUUCAAGAAACACCAUUCGGCGCACCCGAUCCUACUUCCAUUCUUGGGCGUUGCAAGGUCAACCUCGGACUUCUGUUUUAUAAGCAGGAGUUUAGCCUCAGCUGCCAGCCCAUUGCCAGAGUGGCUGCCACAGCGCGGUUUGAGAGUGUCUAUGUCACUGUCAACACGGUCCAGUCUGCCGAGCAAGGGCGCUUCUUCGCCCUCUCCUUGGCAUUCAAUAGCCUGGAAGCCUCCGUGAAACAUGUCUAUUCUAACGAGUCUACCGCAAGCUUUGAAGUCAAAUCUAUGGUUCUAUCCCUCAUGAAUAGCAAACAUCUUGGCCGUAUGAACGGCAUGUCAGCGAUUCUUCGAGUGAGCCCGAUGAAAGUCUCAUUGAAUGCCAAGCAAGUCCAGGAUUCUCUAUUAUUCCAAGAGAUCUGGCUUCCAUCAGACAAUGAACCCAGUUCCAGCUCCAGUUCCAGCCCACCCGCUCCACCGGAGCAGCCAGAGACACAGACUUACAUUGUACAACGAUACCAACAGGUUGCAGCGACCUCGGCAUUUCCCUGGAAUACAACCAUUGCCAUCGAGAAGCUUGAGAUUCAACUUGACUUGGGCUCAACGCUGGGUAGAGCGCAAUUUGCAAUUGACAAUGUGUGGGUGUCAUCCAACAAAACGUCAGAUAGUGAGCAGAGCAUGUGCAUCAACUUUGACGCGAUCAGCAUCGAAAGUAAGGGUCGCAUGGCUGGCAUCGUCGAACUGCGGACGUUCAAGGUUCGCACUUCCAUCCAGUGGCCCGAGGACACUCGCGAAGCAGGGCACACGCCCCUCAUCCAAGCCUCGAUUGCUUUCCGGCAUUUGCAAGCCAAGGUGUCUUUCGACUACCAGCCUUUCCUGGUUGCCCAUGUCGCCAUGUUCGACUUUUUGAUGUACAACGUGCGCGAGGCGUCGGGCAAAGCAAGCGAGCGCCUCUUCAGUAUACUUGAAGGUGAUGAAGUCCAAGUCUUCUGCACCUCUCUGACCGCAUCGCAGGCACUCGCACUCUUUCAAGCCUGGCAGCGACUUGUGCAAGAUAAACAAGCAGCAUAUGAGGCAUCCCUGCGGGAGGUGGAGCGAUACUUGCGCCGUAAAUCCUCUGUGCUCCCAGACCGAAUCGAGGCCCGCGCCAAGGAGUUGACAAAGAAGGACGAAGAGCCCGAGCGAGCACCCAUUUCCCUGCAUACAGGGGUGGUUGUCAGCAUUCGCCACGUGAAUAUUGGAGCGUUCCCCAGUUCCUUCUUUGAUAACCAAAUCUUCAAGCUUGAGGCACACGAUGCCCAGGCACGAUUUUCGGUCUCGCUUGAAUCCAACAAGAUCCACAGCGCGUUAGGCUUGACCCUUGGUCAGCUUCGAGUCGCCCUCUCCGGCAUCAACCGACCUGCCUCCGCGCAUCUCGAGGAGCUCUCUGUCGCAGAGAUCGCCGAGCGCGCGUCCGGGUCCCGGGGCGGCACCAUUCUCAAAGUUCCUCGCCUUGUAGCGGGGAUGGAGACCUGGCAAAUCCCGGGCACUCGGCAUAUUGACUAUAUAUUCCACAGCACAUUCGAGGGCAAGGUUGAUGUGGGCUGGAACUACUCGCGCAUCAGUUUUAUUCGUGACAUGUGGGAGACGCACUCGCGGGCGCUCGCCUCGCGACUUGGCAAGCCCCUCCCGCCGUCUGCAGUGCGGAUCACCGGCGGGCCCAGCAGCAGCACCAGCUCUGAGGGUGGCGGGACAGCCCUUGAGCAGCAGGAGAAGAUCACGGCGGUGGUCAAUGUGCCGCAGUCCAAGUACACGUACACGGCAUUGGAGCCGCCCGUGAUUGAGACGCCGCAGCUCCGGGAUAUGGGUGAAGCCACUCCGCCACUGGAGUGGAUUGGGCUCCAGCGCGAUAAGCUGCCGAAUGUUACACACCAAAUCAUCAUUGUCACGUUGCUAGAGAUCGCAAAGGAGGUGGAGGAUGCGUAUGGCACAAUUUUGGGUUCUUAG